GUCGGACAGCUGUGGUUCAACACUUUUGGCCGCUGGAUGAGAAAACCACAUCAGAGGCGGCAGUAGAAAAAAAAAAGAAAAGAGCGAGAGUGCUUCAAAACCUGUUGGAGUCCUGCGGAAAAACCUUGUGAACUCUGUUUUUUCCCCCUAAACUUGUUGGUCCAAUAAUGUUGGUCUUUGGAAAUCCAACUCUGGAAUUCUUUCUCAUUUAAGAGGAAUCCACCCAUACUUCAUCACAGACUUAUCUUAUCUGGUCCACAGUCCAGACAAGGAUUUGUACAGAAAUCUGGUGAAAAUCCAGCAGAGAGAGAAAUCCCUGCCUGUACAACAACACCUGCUGCUCUCUUUCAACAUCAACAAAACCAGAAGACGGAGAGAAGAGAGCGAGGAAAAGACGUAGUGAAGGUGGUUUUACUCCUUGUUGAGAAAACGACCACCUACCAGACACUAUUUUCUACAACAACCUGCCACAUUAUUAAAGUAUAACCCCUCUUGAAGAAGAGAGCACCCUGAAGGAUUUGAGCUUCAUUUUGUAUCAACGUAAAGGUCUGAUCAACAGUUCUUGGCUUGGACCCUCAGUCUGUGUGAUGAUGGCUUGGCUCCAGCUGAGGACUAUGGGGCUCGUGGCCAUCAUGGUCUUUUCCGUCUCUCUCGCUGAAGAUCCCGGCCUACCAGUGGUGGAAGCAGAGCAGCAAAGCCCUGUUGAGAUUGUAAAAAAGGAGUCCCAUCCUGUCCUGUUCAGGCAGAAGAGAGAGUGGAUCUGGAACUCUCUCUACGUGGUAGAGGAGCAACCAGCACCCAUUGCCUACAAGAUAGGACAGCUUAAGUCAAGCCAGAAAGCACAGGUGAAGAACUUUAAAAUAGAAGGUGAAGGAGCAAACACCAUCUUCAUUGUGGAUCACAAAGGAGACCUGUUUGUCACCAGAACUCUGGACAGAGAAGAGAAGAACGCAUACCAUUUGACCGCCAGGAUGUAUGAUGGGAACAACAACUUGAUAGAGGAUUCUGGAGAGUUUGUUGUCCAGGUGACGGAUAUCAAUGACAACACCCCAGUUUUCCCCAAAACAUAUAAUGGAUCCAUUAUGGAAAGGUCCACCAUAGGAACUAAAGUGGUUGAGGUGAGAGCAACCGAUGCUGAUGACCCUACCACUGCUAACGGAGAGCUCAGGUACUCUUUGGUCCAAGAUGUAGACCUGACAACAUUUGAAAUCGACAGCAUCACAGGUGUGAUCAGCUGCAAGACAAACACUCUGGACCGGGAAACCAAGAGUCAGUAUGUGGUGGUGGUUAAAGCUCAGGACAUGAGAGGAAUGGCCACUGGCAGCACAUCCACCACCUCUGUCACCAUCACCAUCACCGACAUCAAUGACAACAUGGCUUCUUUCACCCGAAAGACAUAUGAACUGCAUGUUCCAGAGGAUCGCAAGUUGAAUGAGAAGAUAGGCACUCUGGAGUUGGAGGACAGAGAUCAGAUUCAGAACAAAGAGCCAAUCUUCAACAUUCUAAAUGGAAACAGCAAUAUUUUUUACAUUGAACUCAGCCCGAACAAGGAUGGAAACCUCAUGCUCAAACAGGCUCUGGACUACGAGACAACGAACAGCUACACUUUCACUGUCCAGGUGCGAGAAAACCUGCGUUUUCCUGCUGACGUUAACAGUGCUGUCACCACAGCCAAGGUGAACAUCAAGGUGCUGGAUGUAGACGAGGCACCGGUCUUCUCCCAGCCCAUCUACACUUUCACUGUGAUUGAAGAACGUAUUGUGAGCAACAUAGGAACAGUCAUAGCCAGAGAUCCUGACAGAGCCAACAAGAGCAUACGGUACUCCAUCUUAGACAAGGACUGUCCUAUUAGUAUCAACCCGCUCACAGGUCAGCUGUCCACCCUAAGGAUGCUAGACAGAGAGCUGGAGGCCACCCACAUGUUUCAAGUAAAAGCACAGGAGGAGCCAAGUGGUUUGGAGUCAUUUGUGAAAGUUAACAUCUUAGUUCAGGACAUCAAUGACAACAAGCCUGAACUGACUGUGGAUGAGAUCUUCGUAUGUGAGAACGACCUCACUAAUAUGGUAAUUGGAACCUUGAGAGCCACAGAUAAAGACGACCAGCCAGCUUCCUUCAGUUUCAGCCUAGCCAGUGAGAGCUCCAACUUCUCUAUCAAAGACUAUGGCAACAACACAGCAGACAUCAUGGUGAAACAGGGGCCAUUCAGCCUGGAGGACCCCAAGGAUUACAGCAUGGAUGUGCGCAUCAGCGAUGGAGGGCGACCCAUCCAGACCAGCAUCACCAAACUGGCAAUCAAGUCGUGUCGGUGUGAUGCCAGGCGGAUUCCUACGCAGUGCAAAGCCGGUGCUCGGAGGAUGGGAGUGAGUGUUCAUGCCCUGAUAGCCAUUCUGCUCUGCAUACUGACCAUACUGGUCAUAGUGAUUCUGUUUGUGAUGAGGAAGCGCUACCAGAAGGAUUCACUGGCCAGUAUGAAGAACAGCGGGGAGAUUCAUGAGCAGCUGGUCACGUACGAUGAGGAGGGAGGAGGAGAGAUGGACACUAAUGGCUACGAUGUUUCAAUCCUCACUUCCGCUUGCCACGAUGGCUCCCUGCUGCGUCACCCGGACCACCACCCCCACCCCUCUCUCUAUGCCAUGGUGCAGAAGCCCCCUCACCACGCACAACCCACCGCAUGUAAGGGCGACAUGGCCGUGAUGAUCGAGGUGAAGAAAGACGAGGCAGAUCACGACAGAGACUGCUUCCCGUACGACACUCUCCACAUCUACGGCUACGAGGGACCGGAGUCUUUAGCCGGAAGCCUCAGCUCGCUGCAAAGUUCUUCCACCGGUUCCAACUUGGAUUACGACUUCCUGAACGACUGGGGGCCGAGGUUCAGGACCCUGGCCGAGCUGUACGGUGUGGAUGCACCUGACUACUACCAUCAAUACUGAUGGAAAUCAUCCGCUAAU